AUGGAGGCCCCAGUCGCUCCCGAAUUCGAUGAGGCGAAGCCAAAUGGCGGAAACCCAGAUAUCGAGAAUGUGAACACACAGUACCAGGGGCUAGAGUUCCAUUACAUCUACCUCAUGAUCAUGGCGUACCUCGUGUGGCUCAUUAUUCCUGGUAUUGGUUUUCUAUACUCUGGUCUAUCGCGCCGAAAGUCUGCAUUGGCCAUGUUGUUUCAGUCACUAGCUGUCAUGGGAGUUGUAUGCUUCCAGUGGAUGUUCUGGGGCUACUCCCUCGCCUAUUCUCGUACCGCCAGUCCGUUCAUCGGCGAUAUGGCAAACUUUGGCCUCAAGAAUGUCAUGUCAGCGCCAUCUCCAGGCUCAGCUCUCCUUCCUGAGAUUGUGUUCUGCUUGUACCAGAUGCUCUUCUGCGCUUGCACUGUACAACUUGUUAUCGGAGGUUCGUUCGAGCGUGGUCGCAUUCUCCCUUCAAUGAUUUUCGCUUUCUUCUGGGCGACGAUAGUAUACUGCCCUAUCGCAUGUUGGACAUGGAACGCUAACGGAUGGCUCUUCAACCUUCCGUCACUCGACUUCGCUGGAGGUGGCCCUGUCCACAUCGCUUCCGGAUGGUCUGCUCUCGCGUAUGCUUUCGUCCUCGGCAAGCGUCUUCCCAAGGGUGAUAAGAUCCACGGCAAAGCCCACAAUCCUACGCUCGUCUUCAUUGGCACCGUCUUCAUCUGGUUCGGAUGGUUCGGCUUCAACGGAGGUAGUGCGCUCAAUGGUACUCUCCGGUCCAUGCUUGCCGCCUUCAACACCAACACUGCUGCCUCUUUUGGUGUCCUGGGCUGGUCUUCUAUUGAGUACGUUCGCAACAAGGGCAAAUUCUCUGUCGUUGGAGCUUGCUCCGGUGCUAUUGCUGGUCUCGUAGGAAUCACGCCAGCUGCUGGUUACGUCUCGCCAUGGAUUGCUGCCCUAAUUGGCUUCCUCACUGGAGUCAUUUGCUCGCUCUGCCAGAAUGUGGAUAGGUGGAUCAAGAUUGACGAAGGAAUGGAUGUCUUCAAGCUCCACGGUAUCGGAGGAAUGGUUGGCAGCUUCCUCACCGGCAUCUUUGGACAAGCAUGGAUCUACGACCUCGAUGGUAUGGGCCCAUACGAUGGCCUCGGUGGUAUGGAUGGCGUCGGUAUCCAGGUCGGUCGUCAGCUUGCCGAGAUUGUCGCCAUUGCCUCCUACUCCUUCGUCGUCUCGUGCAUCCUGUUAUACAUAUUAAAGUUCGUUCCUGGCAUGCACCUGCGUGUCAGCAAUGAAGCUGAGAUGCUUGGUCUCGAUGCUGACCAAUUCUGCAACGACGAGCAAAUUGGUGACUGGAGCAUGUUCGAGCAGCAUGCGUACGAGGCAAACGCAAGCAGUGCCAGCAGCCAGGUUGCUCCUGUGCCGGCACCUGACAUGAACACUAAGCAAGCGUGAGCGAAAAGAUUACUUUGGCUGAGGAGGAGAAGCGCACAAUUAUCAUAGCAUAGACCAUCGAAGUGCAAGAGUCCUUGCACACUACAUAAUACCCACCAUCCACGUUAUGUGGAUACCAAAUUGGUUUCCAUACUAGAACA